AUGCACGUCCUCGGCCACAGCUUCAGCCAACGGCGCAAGACGUGCAAGCCCCGCGACCUCCACAUCCGCAAAAUCUCCUUCUCCGGCAGCUCCCUGUCCUCGGGCAGCUCGUUCUCCUCCUCCAUGUCCGCCGCUUCCAUGUCCUCGUCGUCCAUCUCGGCCCCCUCAACCGCCGCCUCCUCCUCCUCCUCCUCCCUCUCUCCGCCCAACUCGGCCUCGACCGCCCGCGGGCCCCGUUCCAGCCGCUCCGCCGCCGGCCUCGACCCCCUGGCCCUGCACCCGACCUUUCAACCGCCGCCUCGCCUCUGCGACCGGCCGCUCCUCAGCAGUCCCGAGCCCCGCCGCUUCGAUGAGUCGACGACCUUUUUCCUCGACGACGACGAGGAGAGCAUCAUCGACCCCUGCGGCUCCUACGUGCGCCAUGACGAGGCCGUGAGCCCCGUGGUCGAGGCCAAGAUGAUGGAGCCCGACGACUACUUUGGCGUCCAGUUCACAAGGCGCCCUGCGAUGCCCCGGUCUCGCUGGUCUGAGUCGACCGUCGCCACCGUCGAGAGCACCACGCCAUCCGACGACGACGACACGGUCCACGGCUCCGAGGAAGACGACGCGGACCGCGAUGUCGUCGACGAUGUCAUCGGCCACUACUACUACCAGCCGACUAAGCCGCUGGACGGCCACCAGUCGAUGCCCAACUUUAGCCACAAGCGAGACACGAUCCCCAAGCGCCCCCCCAUCAAGACACUCGACAGCCUCGAGGACUUUAUCAAGCGUGGCGGCUGGAAGCGACGCGGCAUUGUCUUCCACCAGGAGGACGUCGACAGCGGCGGCGACACAAUUAACCUCUUCUGA